AUGAAGGAAGAACGGAACGACCACCAAAGUUCUCCCCAAAUUGAAGACCACGCCUCUAACUCCGCCUCAACUCCGCCUGUUAUGAAUAUUAAAAGUAAAAGCGCUUUAUUGGUGGGGAUAGGACGCUAUCGCCCAAAAGGGAGCCGGAGGGACGCCUCGGCAUUAGCCCUAAAAACUGGGUUCGAGUCCCAGCAAAGUAAGGAAAGCAGCCUACUAGAAUCAGGAAGGGAGGAGAAAGAGAGCACCCUGCAAAAGUCAGAAAGAGAUAGGGAAAAAAGUAACCCUCAGAAACCAGGAAGGGAUGAAAGAAAAGAAGACAGAAAGCAUAAAGAUAAAACAGAUACCGAAAGCUUAGAGAACGAUCAAGAGGAAAGGAUUGGCUAUUCAUAUUGUACCAGGACUGCUGAACGGAAAACCAAGGACAAGGAGGGAGAGAAAGCAAAAAUAAUUAACUGGGCAGCUCUUUAUAAUGUUAGACAAGGGCGAGAUGAGACGCCUUCGGAAUUCUUAGACAGACUUAGAGCUGCCAUGAGAAUAUAUACACCCUCAGAUCCUGUGUCAAAAGCAGUUUUACCUCAAGGUCAAAGGCCACAGAGAGAUGGUACUCUUCAUGUAGAUGAUCUGCUAAUAGCAACUGGGACAGAAGAAGAAUGUGUUAAAUGGACUAUUUCUCUGUUGAAUUUCCUGGGUUUAAGCAGAUAUCGAGUCUCUCAACAGAAAGCGCAGUUGGUGCAAGAAAAAGUAGUGUACCUGGGAUAUGAAAUUUCCAGAGGACAACGAUCCCUAGGAACAGCAAGAAAAGAAGCCAUCUGCCAAAUGCCUAAACCCGAAACGGUGAGAGAUCUACGAGCCUUUCUAGGGAUGACAGGUUGGUGCCGUUUAUGGAUUUAUCAAUACGGGAUACUCGUUAAACCACUGUAUGAUUUGCUGAAAGAGUCUAAGAGUGUCCUAGUCUGGACUCCCGAAGCAGAGGGAGCUUUUAAGAGACUGAAACACGAACUCAUAAAAGCUCCAACCUUGGGCCUGCCCGAUGUAACAAAACCAUUUUAGCUGUUCUCUCAUGAAUGGCAAGGAAUGGCUUUAAGAGUCUUGGCACAACAGUUGGGACCACACAAAAGAGCCGUGGCUUAUUUCUCCAAACAGUUGGAUGAAGUAAGCAAAGGAUGGUCCAGCUGUCUGAAAGCGGUGGCCGCAGUGAUCAUAAACAUAGAAGAGGCCAGAAAACUUACGAUGGGUCAGAAAAUGACUGUGUUAGUGUCCCACACUGUGUCCGCUGUACUAGAACAAAAAGGUGAUCAUUGGCUGUCGCCUUCCAGAUUCCUAAAGUACCAAGCAAUCCUAGCUGAGUCAGAUGAUAUAACCAUUCAAGUCACUAACAUUGUGAAUCCAGCCUCAUUUCUAGAAGGAAGAAUGUCAGCAGAAUCAAUCGAACACGACUGUCUAGAGACCAUCGAAGCUGUCUACUCCAGCCACCCAGACCUCAAAGAAGAUACAGACAACUUGUUCUCUGACGGCAGUAGCUUCGUGAAGCAAGGAGUAAGGAUGGCAGGCUAUGCAGUAACCACAACGGAAGAGGUAAUCGAAUCAAAUCCUUUACCGACAGGGACUUCAGCCCAGAAGGCAGAACUGAUAGCUCUUACCCGAGCCCUGGAAUUAGCAGAAGGCAUACGAAUUAAUAUUUGGACAGAUUCAAAAUAUGCUUUCUCCUUCAUGCACGCUCAUGGAGCAAUUUAGAAAGAAAGAGGACUGCUAACUGCUCAAGGGAAAACAGUCAAACAUGCAGAGGAAAUUCUACAAUUGUUAGAAGUAGUCCAACUCCCAACACAAGUGGCCAUAAUACAUUGCAAGGGACACCUGAAAGGUAACACUGUUCCAGAAAUAGGAAAUAGGAAAGCUGAUGCAGAAGCUAAAUUAGCUGCUGCAAGGACCGAAGAAGUGACUGUAACAGCUUUAGUACCAGGAGAGCUAGAUCCUAGCUUUCAACCAGAUUAUCAGGAAUCAGACCAUAGGUGGAUUCAAAAGAACAAAAGCAAAUUGUUAGACAAUGGAUGGGGUCAAUUAGAAGGCACAUUAGAGUUUAGAUCCACUUUAUCAGUAUUUGCAAACUAGAAUAGCAGGACCAAAUUAUUCACUACCAUAAAACAGGUUACAUCCCAGUGCAAACGAUGCCUGAAGAAUAACCCAAACACAGGGACCAAGAUACACCAAGGGGCAAUAAAUUGAGGUAAAUUCCCAGGUGAAGUAUGGCAAAUUGAUUUCUCUGAACUCCCAAGAAAAGGGGGGUAUCGGUAUUUAUUGGUGCUAACUGAUACGUUUUCUGGGUGGCCUGAAGCAUUCCCCUGCAGAACAAAGAGAGAGAGGUAACUAAAGUCUUACUAAAUGAAAUUAUACCACGGUUUGGAGUACCAAGAAGUAUAUCCUCAGACAGGGGUUCACAUUUCUGUGCGAAGGUUGUGAAAGCAAUAAGCAAAGCACUGCAAAUUAAAUGGCAAUUGCAUACGCCCUACAGGCCACAAGCCAGUGGGCAAGUAGAAAAGAUGAAUCAUCUUAUCAAACAACAAAUUGCUAAAAUAUGCCAAGAAACUAACUUCCAAUGGUAUCAAGCUUUGCCUAUUGCUCUGAUUAGAUUGAGAGUCAAACCUCGAUCAAAAGAAAAGCUGAGCUCGUUUGAAAUUCUGUAUGGUAGACCUUAUACUAUGCAAAUUGUGAAUAGUGAUGCUAUAGACCAAAUAGGUAAUCAAUAUAUAUAUGAUUAUGUAAUUGCUGUAGGGAAACAUUUUGAUAAAAACACCAUGGUAGUAAUAGAACACCAGCCCAAACAACCUAACUGUAAACUGCAUCCGUUUAACCCCGGUGAUUGAGUGUAUGUUAAGAAUCUUUUAGGAAAACCCCUACAAGAGAAGUGGGAGGAACCUUUCCAAGUGCUGCUGACCACCUUCACCACAGUGAGGAUCAAGGAGCGACCUACAUGGAUUCACUAUUCUCGAGUCAAGAGAGCUCCGGAAGAUAAGCAAGAAGACCCAACAUUAUGAAUCCGACUCCCUUCCAAACCCUUUCAACACUGACCAUUGGACUCUUGAUAAGUAUUGUUUUAUCCCAAAACCCUACUCCAGAAGGGCUGUAGUCUAGUGCAUGCACACUACCACGCUCUGAGGAAAACCCAGAUUUUGAGAUUUACGUUUUACAUAACAAUAUUAGUGAAUAAGUUAAGUACCAUCACUUCUAAUUUGGGAAAGCUUUAAGCUCAUCUAUGCUAACUUUAGCAGAGACACAAUCAUUGGUGGUCAGAUUGAUGACCUUAGUAGCCAACCACACUGCUGAAGAUUUUGUUAAAAUUGCUGACUAUACUGGAGAUAUUAGCAAAG